UAAUUCACCUUUAACUCGCAGUCUCGAACUCUCUCCUCUCUCUCUCUCUCUCUCUCUCUCUCUCUCUCCUCUGCCAAGAUGGAUCGCAAAAGCGUUUUUUCUGUUGCAUUAAUGUGCAUCAUUGUCGCCGGCGUCGGCGGCCAAGCUCCAGGUGCAGCACCGACUGCUACUCCGUUGGCUCCUGCAGCGCCUGUAACUGCACCUGCUAAAGCACCAGCAAAAUCUAAAUCGCCUGCUCCUGUUGCAGUUCCAGUGUCUUCACCACCAGCGAAGACACCAGCAGCUUCUCCGACCAAACAGAAGGUGCCAGCUCCGGCUGCGGCUCCGGUAGCUACACCACCACUUGCCGCCGCUCCUAUUAGUUCACCACCUGUUGCAGUUCCAGUGAGCUCUCCUCCAGCAAAAACUCCAGCAAAAUCUCCGGCCCAAUCUCCUCCAUCACCAGCACCAGUUACUCCACCAACAAGCUCUCCUCCGGAAACUGCUCCUUCAGCUCCAGUGGCUGCGCCAACCGCCGAGGUUCCUGCACCGACUCCAACCAAGAAAAAGUCGAAGAAGCACGCUGCUUCACCUGCUCCUGGUCCGGAGUUGUCGAGUCCACCAGCUCCACCGACGGAGGCACCUGGACCGAGCCUUGACGCCAGCUCUCCUGGUCCCGCUUCUGUGGCCGAUGAGAGCGGAUCAGAAUCGAUAAGGUCAGUACAGAAGAUGCUCGGAGGCUUGGCAUUGGGAUGGGCAGCAAUGACUUUGAUCUUCUAGAGAUCAAAACAGAGAGAUAUGUUUUAUAAUGUCCAUUAUUGCUAUUGGUGUUAAAUUAUUUUAAUCUUUUGUCCCCCACAUGCUCUUCUUCUUUAUUUACGGACUCACCAUUUGAUAUUUUUAUUUGAUUACCAUUGUUUUGUUAAAUUAUUGCUAUAUCUUACUGGCCAGUGGUUUGGUUUUUUCUGCCUGGGGAUUAACCACAUUUGCUUUGUAUUCAGUAUUCUUUGAGGGACAGGGAGGGAGAGCUGUGUGGGGGGAAAAACUCUGUAUUUUUGUAGUUUUCUAUUCACUGUCAUUUUAUAUAUUUUGGAUUAUUCUAUUGGGAGCCUCUCUUUUGUUCU